AUGUGCAACCACAAAGGGGGGGGAGAAGACAUUCUUCACAAUAUCAGAAUUUACAUCAAUAUACUCAACAAUGCUCUUACUCAAAAAAUCCGCAACAGCUUCAAUAAUUGCGUCAUUGUGGAAUAUCAUGGCAUGUUGAACAAUGAUGUGGCAGGUGUGCACAGGAGUUCCAAAGUCGAUGAAUUUCAGAGCAUCACAUUUCAGUUGGUCAAUUUCAAAGUACUCCCCACGAUGAUACAGAGGUGCAGCUGUGUGUACACUGAUAUUGAGCUUCUUGCUGUGGUCGUACAAGUAGUCAAGCAUGUCAGGAAAUGCCUUGGCAGCCAUCAGGUGCAGUUCAAUACGGCUUGUCGAUUGUUGUCCUUCUGGAAAUUUGUCACCAUUUUGGAAGAGUCCAUCAAAAUAGUCACUCUUUUGUGUGCCACGGGCAAGGUAACCUUUGUGGACAUGAUAUUGGUCCACCUUUUGGUCACUGCCAUCCUUCUCCUCUUCAUUGGAUACAACUAUUUCAAUCUUCCAGUCACUGUAGGUCUUGUCUGGAUCAUCACGCCACUUCAGCUCUGCAUUUCCAUCCUUGGCUGGAGGGCAUUCACCUUUUCAUGCUGCUUUGGUUUUUCUGCGAUAAAUGUCCCCGCUCUGUCGUUUUGCUGCGAGGCGUUGUUGCCGUAG